GUUCUGAAGUUGUCCAAGGCCCGAUGCGUUCUAGAGCCUCUGUGGAACUGCCAGGCGGGACCCAUGCGUCGCCUGCUUCAACUUUGUUCGCAAGAAGCUCCCAAGCCAUCUUGUUCCCAGAGCGAGAACGAGAGAGGCGGCCCUUGUUCUUGCUCGAAUUCGCAUCCGCCGCCGCCGCCGCCGCUGCCAAGAUGUUUCUUACAAGGACGGAGUAUGACCGCGGGGUGAACACCUUCUCGCCGGAGGGGCGGCUGUUCCAGGUCGAGUACGCCAUCGAGGCCAUCAAGUUGGGAUCGACUGCGAUUGGAUUGAAGACGAAGGAUGGUGUUGUCCUUGCUGUUGAGAAACGUGUGACCUCGCCACUGCUGGAACCUAGCAGUGUGGAGAAAAUCAUGGAAAUUGAUGAGCACAUAGGUUGUGCCAUGAGUGGGCUUAUCGCUGAUGCUAGAACACUAGUUGAGCAUGCUCGUGUUGAGACUCAGAAUCAUAGGUUCUCAUAUGGGGAGCCAAUGACAGUGGAAUCUGCCACACAAGCUAUCUGUGACUUAGCUCUGCGCUUUGGCGAAGGUGAUGAAGAGUCAAUGUCACGACCAUUUGGAGUCUCUCUCCUUAUUGCUGGUCAUGAUGAGAAUGGACCUAGCUUGUACUACACUGACCCGUCUGGGACCUUUUGGCAAUGCGAUGCAAAGGCAAUUGGAUCUGGCUCUGAAGGAGCUGAUAGCUCAUUACAGGAACAGUACAACAAGGAACUGACGCUUGCGGAGGCAGAGACCAUAGCCCUUUCUAUCUUGAAGCAGGUUAUGGAAGAAAAGGUAACCCCAAACAAUGUCGAUAUCGCAAAGGUUGCGCCCAGCUACCACCUCUAUACCCCUGCCGAAGUCGAAGCUGUUAUCACAAGGCUGUGAAACACUUCCAAAUUCUUGUUAUUCCCAUCAGCGGUGAAAGACGGUGGUCGUACGAAAUAUGAACAUCUUGAUGUGAGUUUAUCUGCCUUGUGUGUUGUCAUGGCUGUCAAUCAUACUCUGUUAGACAGUCGCAGGUAGGGGCUCCUUGCCUCUGAUAGUUUGAUCAAUAGCCCAAUCAGUUGUUUGUUUUCAGUAGUGUUUUGAACUUGUACUGCCAGAAAGAAAUUACACUUGCUUUUCCGGAUCCUGUCACCGUUUUUGGAUAAUUGAUGACAGUUACUGUU